CUACUACUACUACGAUUCAUAUUAUUAGUACAAUCAUCUUGGUUAUCAUCUUCAUACUCAUCUAUUACUAUUGUGACUAUCAUCGUCAUUAGGGUGGAGAGACUGACAAUUGCAACGCAUUGAUUGCCUCCCAUAUCCUCUCCCUUUCUACCUCUUAUCAACCACCUCAUAACUUCACCCUGCCCAUCAGACCCUUUUCUUGGGCUCCUUUUCUCUUUGUUCGGUCCCCUUAUAUAUACAGUCUUGCCAGUCGGAUCUGCAACGGUGUUCAUCCUUGUUAACAUCGCUUUUAACAAUGUCACGCGUGUCUUGAGAUUACCAAUUCAUGAUGACUACAGAUUCAGCACUCUCGUACCAUCCGACCGACUCCCUGAUCCUUCCGACCAAGCGACGCUUCUUCCCUUUUAGAAUUCCCAACUUUCAUCUCCAGCUACACCAUUACAUCAGCACCGCCGACCCCGAUAGGAUCUACGCCGUCGUCGACCGAGUCGUCUAUGCAAUCCACAUAUCGGCCCGAAAACGAGAGACAAUAGCCGUGAUUCCGUUCGAGCCAAGAUGUCUUGCCGCUGGAUACGGCUGGAUUGGUGUCGGGGGCUCCGAUAAUGGGGAGUGCGCUUUCAUCGAGAUCGCCGAUCGGGGAGUGCGCGUUCAGGAAGAAACGCCGGCGCCACAAGGUUCGGAUGUGGAUAGUACACUUCCGAUCGACCUUGAGUCGCCCCUAAGGGCAUCUUCCGGACCGGCCGAUCCAGAGAUGGCGUCGGCCCGUGACGCCGGUCGGAGGCCGUUGCCGGAUGUGCAGCUGCACAAGUUCGGCGGCAGCAUUGUUAAUUCGGUGACGGUGCAUCGUAUACCGGGCGACGACAAAGCGUUGGCAGACGAGGACUUUAUGGUCCUGAGCAAUAAUGACAAAACGGUCACCGUGUACUCGUUGACACGCUCCAAAGUUCUCAAGGUUCUGCACCAUCCCUAUUACAUGAACUAUGCGAUCAUGUCGCCCGAUUCGAAUAUGCUCGUCGCGGUUGGAGACGAGCCCCGUGCGUAUUUCUACGACGUUACCCGCGAUUUUGAAACUACUGUUCGGACAGACAACGGCCAAAAGCUUACUGGUUGGAAGUUCGACCUUCUGCGCAGUGUAGAGAUGGAUAUUGGCGGCACGCGCUUCGAUGACGGAUGUUGCUUUACGAUCGCAUUUUCCCAGUUCAGCCGACAUUGCGCUAUUGGGUCGCAGUCGGGCGUCAUCACUGUAUUUGAUGUUAAAACGCUGCGCGAUGUUGUCGGAGAGCCAGAGGGGAGGAACUCUGUGAUGUGCAACUUCAACUCGUCCCGGCUUUAUUGCAAUGGUGGUGCCGUGCGAUGCAUGGCAUUCGCUCCCGAGCCUUGGGAUCUUUUGGUCUGGCUCGAGGACAAGGGCCGAGCCGGCAUUGCCGAUGUUCGCCAGGCAUUUACGCGCAGGCAGGUCCUUCAGUUGGACUUCAACGACCCAGAGGUUGAAGAAGUCCGUACGGAACCGCUCUUAGAUGAUGCCAUAGGGCUGGGGCUCGAUCUCGAUGGUCGACCGAUUCUUGAGCCACGUACUGAAAUGGACGCAACAGAGCGGGCAGUUCUCGAUACUUUGGAGAGCUCACCGAAUGAACCAGGAGACGGGACGCCAGACCACCCGCUACUGCACGAUUCUUUGGUACAAGAUCUCACCGAACGAGAGAGGUUGAUUGUGGAAUUCUUGAAUACCGCACGCUGGUCAUCGAGGCUGGAAGAAGGGUUGACAGAGCGGCGGCUUGCUAGAAGCAAUGUCCACCCGCCUCCUGCGCCUCGGCCCCGAUUUCAACCUAGCACAGACAAUCCCGCCCGACCUUCUCGUCCUACAUCGCCUCCCCGUUCCGGGGACAGCCCUCGUGACCUAUCAGGCGCAGGUCCUUCUUCAGCCCGUCCAGGGGGCGGUGAUCGACGACCGGGCGGAAGAAACCAACACGCUGGAGCGCCACCGCGAAGUGAUGUCGAGUCCGAUAGCCAAACGCCGGAGACGACGGCCUCCCAGGCAGAUCCCCAGCCAAGUAUUACACUUAGCUGGACUGCUUCGCCCUCAGAACUGCAGGGUACCACGUUGGAGAUGCCACCGCGCGCCGCUGAUCCGUCCUCGCGUGAUACGAGCAGUUCCAGCAACGAAAGUAGCAACGGAAGUCGUCCCUCCGUGAACUUUGAUUAUUCAAAUACUACCCCCGAUCUUUUCACUCGCACGAGGGCCUUCUACCAGCGAGAUCGACAGGAUGCCACCCCUGAGCCUAGAUAUGAGUCGCCACGUUUGUCAAACUCGGAGCUCAGGACAAACGUGGCCGCGGAGCGUAUCCGGCGGCAGCGUCAGAUCAUCAACGAAGCGCAGAGUCGACAUCUCCAGCGCGAGCAACGGUACCGACAGCAGCUUAUGGGCUUUGACCAGUCCCGCGCUCCUCGGUGGACCCGGAGCGCCAUCAACGAAGUUUCUGGUAGAGGUCUGGGGGCUCUACACCGAGACCAAGAUUCCGGGAGCACCGCUGGGCUUGGGUGGGGCGCAGAUGGGAGAACCUUAUAUGUCGCAACCGUGGACGGUAUCUUUGAAUUCCAGGUCAAUAUCAUGGAUCGGAAAACGUUCCCUACCAUCACUUAUCGCUAAAGGGUACCCCAUGUGCUAGUACUGCAUGGUCUUUAGUCACUACCAAUUUGCAACUCGACUGAUCCCCUUACGACCUCAAUGCUUGCAGUUCUCGAAAUGAUAUACCGGCCCUUUCCCGAGUAUUCUUGGGU